UCCAUGGUUUCUGCCCAUGUAAAAAAGCUAUCCUCUUAUAUUUUUAAGAUUUGCAAAGGAAUGUUUACAAAGAAACUGGCAAAUACCACAAAAAAGAAAGAGAGUAGCGAAAACAAAAAAGAUCCUAAGAUAUCCCCUGAACUGCAUGCUCGAAAUCAGACUUUUUCCACCACAUUGAAAAGCACAGUUAAAAAGAUUUCUAAAUGUUCUUCUGCACGCAACCUAUCUACUGAGGAAGACAACAGCAGGAACGACUGCUCUUCUCUUUCUCCCACAUUCAGUUACCGUGUAGCAAUUGCUAAUGGACUGCAAAAGAAUGCUCUCCUAUUGAACAAUAAUGAAUUUCAUGAAGUGUUAUCCAUCGAUAGUAGUUACACUGACUCUUUAAACGAGGCCAAACUUAUCCAUAGAUUCGAUGAGCAAAAAGCUUACACAAUGCCUGUAAGAAGGAAUAGGAAGAGUAUGAUUAGUUUGGCACCUUCUGAUGGCAGCUCAGAGGGGGAACGUGGAGAACGAAGCAGUCUCCAUACUCUCCGUCUAGGUGCUCUGAAAAAGCUUCGCAAAUGGAAGAAGAGCCAAGAAUGUGUUUCUUCAGAUUCCUCAGAGGCUAGCACCUGGAGGAAGACACUUGGCAUUAGGAGCAAGUCUCUGGAUCGGGCUGGGAGGCAGCAGAAAACAACCACCCUAGAACCGGGAUCCAGCUCCACAGGUUGCAUCAGUCAGACCCAAGAUGUCAUGGAAAUGAUCUUCAAAGAGCUUCAGGGAAUCAGCCAGAUUGAGUCGGAGCUCUCAGAGCUUCGAGGGCAUGUUAAUGCUUUGAAAAGCUCCAUCGAUGAGAUCUCCAGCAGUGUGGAGGUGGUGCAGAGUGAAAUUGAGCAGCUUCGCUCAGGAUUUGUGCAAUCCAGACGAGAGACACGAGACAUCCAUGACUACAUCAGACAGUUAAGCCACCAGACCAAUAAAGCUACAUUGAGAUUCCUAAACGUGCCUGAGGAAAAAUUUGAAAGAACCGAAGAACUUAUUUAUCACAUUUUAAAAGAGAAAAUGGGUUUUGUUGAAGCACAUAAGACACUUAAAAUCGAACUUGCCCAUCGACUGGGGCAACAAAGAGAAUGUUCAAGUGCUAAACCUCGUCCUAUUAUAGUUAUUUUUUCAAAUCCUCAAGACAGGGAUUUAGUUUUGAAAAAGUGUUAUAAGCUCAAAGGCACUGGAAUAUCAAUCUCAACAGAUAGCCUUGCACAAGAGUCAAAAGACAGGAAAGAUCGGGGGAUGACCUCUUCUCAGACCUAUGAAAGCAUGGACAUGAAAGUGUCAAGUGCCAAAGACAAGGCCGAGAGUGAUGACUGGGACUCAAUGGACAGUGAUAAAGAACUAGAUGAAUUAAACAAAAACAAAUAUGCAAUUGUGCCCAAACCACCUCAGAAAAAUAAAUCUGACAAAAAAAAGUCUCAUGAUCACAGGCAGUCUACAGAUGAGACCACAUACUCGGUGCAUUAUGCUGAUGAUGUAGUUUACGAUGACAAGCAAAACAAAUCUUACUAUUCUGACAUGACUCCAGGAUGGCUUUCCCAGAGUGAUUACUCCACUCCGAAGCUCAGUCGCUCAGAAUCAGACUGCUCCAAACUGUGCCCAUCUUACUCUGAAGAUUUCUCGGAGAGCCAGUACUUUAGUAGGGUUAAUGGAUGCUCCCUGCUCUCUUCAUCAGAUCAGGAGCUCUGGCAGCGUAAACAGGAAGACAUGGCAUCUUCUUGGUAUGCAAGUCCACCCAGUCAAACACUCAGUCAGGAAAACCCACCGUAUGUGGAGCACAAUGAAGUUGAGACCACUGAGACCAUUGACAGUGGUGUCAGUAAUGGUCUGGUGUGUAUAUCAGGCGACAGAAGUCACUACAGUGGCUCUCAACUUUCUCUACAAGGUGACCUUUCACCUUGGAAAGACUGGCAUCACCUUGAACAAGGAGCUGACUCAGGCUUGGAUGCCUCAACGGAACAAAAUAUAGUCUCAGAAAUCAGCAGCCCAUUUGACCCUGCUGCUAACCCUGGUUUCCCUGAAAAAAUUACAAAAUGCCUUGAGGUUGAUUUGCAGUUUGAAGGUGAGACCUUUUUGACAUUUGACAGUACACCUGACACAACCCAAGAACCAGACAUGGAACCUGAGUUAGAACCUGAUCCAGAACCAGAACCUGAGCCAGAACCGGAGAUUGUAGCUGUAAUAGAACCGAUGCCAGAGAGUAAGGGGAACCAACUCCAGCAAAACCAAAAGUCUUCCAGUAUGUAUCGUAGCCAGAGCGAGAUCAGGGCUGAAAAGGUUGAAGAAGUCCCAAAAUCCUGGAGCAGUAGGCUGAGUAUAGACUUGUCUGAAAAAACCUUCAGCUUUGGAGGCUUUGGCUCAACUUUACAGAGGGCCAAAUCAGCUCUGGAAGUUGUCUGGAAUAAGGGCUCUCAAAGUUCCAGUGCACCUGCUGAAGAGCCAAGUACUAUCCCAUUUAUAGGCCGGUUCAGAACUAUGUCUCAGUCAACAGCCAAUGACUCCAGCACCACUAUUGACUCUGAUGUCUACAAUGAACCCUUCUACUACAAAGCUGAUGAAGAUGAACAAAACACAGAGCAACCCGUGGACAAUGAGACGCAUUAUGUUGAAGUGAUGGAGCAAGUGCUAGCCACCCUUGAGAACAGAACAAAUGCCAAUGAGGCAGAGGAAGAGUACCAAGAUGAUGAGUACGAAGUCUCACAAGAAUAUGACAUUUUGCAAGAAGGGAACCCAGUUUUGGAAUAUGACUGCAGCUUAGAUGAGCAAUACGAUGAAGAAUACAGCGAGGAUUAUGAUGAAAACCAGAUGACCGAGGACAGGGAGGAGUAUGAGGCCAUGAUUGAAUACAUAGAAGAAACAGAGGACGCAGCAGAUGAGGCUGAUGAACAAGAGGAGGAAGAAGCAGAAGUUGAGGCAGAAGUGAAAGAUAUGGCACAGGCACCAGGAUCGGAGGAGGACAAAGAAAUUGUAACUCAGGAAGAUGAAAACAAAAAUGUCACAGAAACCCCGGCACCAGUGGAAGAACCAGCACCAAAGAAAAGGACACGGCCAACAUUUAAAGAAGCUGCUUUGAGAGCAUAUAGGAAGCAGAUGGCGGAGCUUGAGCAGCAGAUACUGGCUGGAGACAGCGCUGCUUUGGACACACAGGGUCUGGAUCCAGCCAAGCUUGGCCUAAGCACAGGAGGCAGAGCUGGCAGUAUUCUUUACGGCAUUGACAGCAUGCCAGAUUUACGGCGUAAGAGGACCGUGCCCAUCGUCCGCGACCUGGCCUUGACCUUGGCCGCUCGAAAGGCAGGCAUCUCGUUUGCACUUGUGACCAGAUCCACCCUGAACAACGAGGACCUGAAGUUGCAGGUGUUGAGGAAGACUCUCCAGGCGUUGAUCUAUCCCAUAUCAUCCACGACGCCGCAUCAUUUUGAGGUGUGGACGGCAACGGCUCCCACCUACUGCCCUGAGUGUGAGGGUCUGCUGUGGGGCAUUGCGCGUCAGGGUAUGCGCUGCACUGAAUGUGGCGUCAAGUGCCAUGAGAAGUGUCAGGACCUGCUGAACGCUGACUGCCUGCAACGUGCAGUUGAGAAAAGCUCCAAGCAUGGCGCUGAGGAUAAGACCCAGAACAUCAUCAUGGCCAUGAAGGAAAGGAUGAAGAUCCGCGAGAAGAACCGGCCUGAGGUGUUCGAGCUCAUCCAAGACAUGUUCCAGCUCUCCAAAGAAGACUUCAGCACUCACCUAAAGAGCGCCAAACAGGCCGUACUUGAGGGGACGUCCAAAUGGUCAGCCAAGAUCGCCAUCACUGUCAUGUGUGCUCAAGGUCUGCAGGCGAAGGAUAAGACGGGUUCGAGUGACCCGUACGUCACUGUGCAAGUGGGCAAAACCAAGCGCAGGACCAAGACUAUCUUCGGCAACCUGAACCCCAUCUGGGACGAGAAGUUCCUCUUCGAGUGCCACAAUGCAACAGAUCGUAUAAAAGUGCGAGUGUGGGACGAAGACGACGACAUCAAAUCUCGCGUCAAACAGCAUUUCAAAAAGGAGUCUGACGACUUCCUGGGACAAACCAUCAUCGAAGUGCGCAUGCUGAGCGGAGAGAUGGACGUGUGGUACAACCUCGAGAAAAGAACGGAUAAGUCGAUGGUGUCGGGGGCGAUCAGGCUGAAGAUCAGCGUGGAGAUGAAGGGUGAGGAGAAAGUGGCUCCUCCGCACGGGCAGUACACGUGUUUGCAUGAGAACCUGUUCCACUACCUGACCGAGGUGAAGAAUAACGGAGCCGUGAAGAUUCCUGAGGUCAAAGGUGACGAGGCAUGGAAGGUUUAUUUUGACGACGUCUCUCAGGAGAUUGUGGACGAGUUCGCCUUGCGCUUUGGAGUCGAGUCCAUUUACCAGGCCAUGACUCAUUUCUCCUGCCUCUCAUCAAAGUACAUGUGUCCUGGAGUGCCGGCUGUUAUGAGUAACCUAUUGGCGAACAUUAAUGCCUACUUCGCUCACACCACCACCACCAGCACCAACAUCUCCGCCUCAGACCGGUUUGCUGCUUCCAACUUUGGGAGAGAGAAGUUUGUAAAACUCUUGGAUCAGUUACACAACUCUCUGAGAAUCGAUCUCUCCAAAUACAGGGAUAAUUUCCCUGCUGGAAAUCCAGAGAGACUCCAGGACCUGAAGUCCACCGUGGACCUCCUGACCAGCAUCACCUUCUUCAGGAUGAAGGUGCAGGAGCUGCAGAGUCCCCCGAGAGCCAGCAUGGUGGUGAAGGACUGUGUGAGAGCGUGUCUAGACUCCACCUACAGAUACAUCUUUGACAACUGCCAUGAGCUCUACAACCAGCUGCUCGACCAGACAAAGAAGCAGGACCUGCCACGUGAGGAGCAAGGGCCGUCCAUAAAGAACCUGGAUUUCUGGCCAAAACUCAUCACGCUGAUGGUGUCUGUGAUCGAUGAGGACAGGAUGGCGUACACACCCGUCCUCAACCAAUUCCCGCAGGAGUUGAACAUGGGCAGAAUCAGCGCAGAGAUCAUGUGGAACCUGUUUGCUAUGGACAUGAAGUACGCCAUGGAUGAGCACGAGAAACAUCGGCUAUGCAAGAGCACUGAGUACAUGAAUCUGCACUUCAAAGUCAAAUGGUUCUACAAUGAGUACGUGAGGGACCUUCCGGCCUUCAAGGGGACGCCUCCAGAAUAUUCUCUGUGGUUCGAGCCUUUUGUUAUUCAGUGGCUGGAUGAGAAUGAAGACGUCGCCAUGGAUUUCCUCAACGGCGCCCUGGAGAGAGACAAGAAAGAUGGGUUCCAGCAGACAUCUGAGCAUGCUCUGUUCUCCUGCUCCGUGGUGGACGUAUUCACGCAGCUCAACCAGAGCUUCGAGAUCAUCAAGAAGCUCGAGUGCCCGAACCCUCAAGCCCUCGCUCACUUCAUGUGCAGAUUUGCUAAAACGAUCAACAAAGUGCUUCUGCAGUAUGCCGCCAUCAUCUCCAAAGACUUCAGCAACCACCUGAACAAAGAGAAAGUGCCAUGCAUCCUCCUGAACAACAUCCAGCAGCUUCGGGUUCAGCUGGAGAAGAUGUUCGAGUCGAUGGGAGGGAAGCAGCUGGACACUGAGGCCAGCGAUCUGUUGAAGGAGCUCCAGAAUAAACUCAACACGGUUCUGGAUGAGCUCAGUGCGGUGUUCGGCUCCAGCUUUAAGCCGGUGAUUGAGGACUGCGUGAAGCAGAUGAACCAGGAGCUGAUGCAGAUGAAGGGCAACGCAGCAAACAAGAGCAACGCAGCCAUGGACGCCGAGACCGUCCUCCGUCCUCUCAUGGACCUGCUGGAUAAAAAUCUCAUCCUGUUCGCCAAGAUCUGUGAGAAGACGGUGCUGAAGCGUGUGCUGAAGGAGCUGUGGAAAAUCGUCCUGAACACCAUCGAGAGGCAGAUAGUCCUGCCACCGCUGUCUGACCAAAUACAAGGAGCUCAGAUGAUCUUCAGUGCAGCCAAGGACCUGGGCCAACUCUCCAAGCUGAAGGAGCAUGUGAUCCGUGAGGAGGCCCGCAGUCUGACGCCUCGCCAGUGUGCAGCCAUGGACCUCGUGCUUCCCACCAUCAAGCAAUAUUUCCAUGCUGGAGGGAAUGGCCUGAAGAAAACCUUCCUGGAGAAAAGUCCUGACUUGAAGUCUCUGAAAUAUGCGCUUAGCCUUUACACCCAACCCACAGAUGCCUUGAUCAAAAAAUAUAUAUGCACCCAGAUGUCUCAAGGUCAGUCAUCGUCCAGCUCGGUGGGAGAAGUGGUGAUGCACGUGGAUCUCAUCUCUCACCCUGGUACCGGAGAACAUAAAGUCAACGUGAAGGUGGUGGGUGUGAACAACAUCAACUGGCAGACAAACGCCAUGUUCCGACCGUUUGUCGAGAUCAACGCCAUUGGGCCGAACCUCGCCGACAAGAAACGCAAAUACAGCACCAAGACUAAGAACAACAACUGGUCACCGAAAUACAACGAAACAUUCCAGUAUGUUCUGAGCAGCGAGCACGGCCCGGAGGCGUACGAGCUGCACGUGUCGCUGAAGGACUACUGCUUUGCCCGUGAGGAUCGCGUCAUCGGUGUCACCGUGCUGCAGCUCCGAGACCUGAGCGAGAAGGUCAGCCUGAACGCUGCAUAUCCGCUCAUCCGCAGCGUCACCAUGGACGAAACGGGCCUCACCAUCAUUAGAAUCCUCUCACAACGGACCAACGACGAGGUGGCCAAAGAGUUCGUACGGCUCAAAUCGGAAACCCGCUCGGCCGAGGAAGCGUCGUGA